AUGACAAGCCAAAUCGUAGUAACUGUUAUUGGGCAUGGUGUGCGCUUGAGCGAGGAAUUAAAGCAAAAAAUUACCACUUUUUUAAGUGGUCUGGAAGAUGUAAAAAUCGACUCUGAAGCGGUUCUUUCAGCUCGCGCUCAAGAUUAUUUUCUAAGCACCUCCAGAAGCGUUGCCAGUUUGCGUGAACUGGUAGGCUCGCUAGAUGCUGGCGACGUGGACAUUGUGGUGCAAGAAAACUCGAAAUUCCGUAAGGAAAAAGGUCUAGUGGUGUUCGAUAUGGACUCCACGCUGAUCUACCAGGAAGUGAUCGAAUUGAUCGCUGCUUAUGCGCAGGUCGAGGAAAAGGUCGCUGAAAUCACGGAGCGUGCCAUGAAUAACGAACUGGAUUUCACACAGUCGCUUGCAGAGCGUGUUGGGCUGCUCAAGGGCAUCAAGACAGCGACGUUGUACGACGAGAUUAAACAGAAGCUGCGGGUCACCCAGGGCGUGCCUGAGCUGUGUCGCGGGCUGAAAAAAACCGGAUGCAAGCUGGCGGUUCUGAGUGGCGGGUUCACGCCUUUUGCCAACCACAUGAAGGAAGCUUUGGAGCUAGAUUUCGCCAGGGCCAAUGUGUUGGCCACGGAAAACGACCCUGCACAGGCAGGUGUUGAGGUUCUGAGCGGAUACACUGUGGGCGAUGUGGUAGACGGUGAGUGCAAGGCAGAAACCUUGCUACAACUGGCACGCGAGUACUCGGUACCCGUGGAGGCGACCGUGAUGGUUGGCGACGGGGGCAACGAUCUGCCUGCAAUGGGCGUUGCCGGUUUUGGGAUCGCGUGGAACGCGAAGGCCAAGGUCCAGCAGGCAGCGCCUGCGAAGCUGAACACGAAGUCAUUGCAGGAUGCGUUCUACAUGUUUGGGUACACGGACGCUGAAAUCUCAGAGCUGCUGGCUUGA